GAAAGCUGAACACUCUGAUAUAUGCAUCCAGUACUCUCCGUCUGUGUCUACUAUCUCAAGAUGCACGACAGAACUGCCUGCAUGCCGAUGAAUGGCCAGCAAUGCCGACCUCCGCCUUGCCGCCUUGGCAGAUCCCCCGGAGGUGCUUUUUUUUUUUUUUUUUCUUGAGUGGACUCUGUGGAGAGCACGUCUGCUGCAGUCGCUGGACGCGCCACCAUGCUCUCGUCCGGCUGUCGAUUUGCAUCGUCAAACUCUCGGCAGUCUCGUCUGUCUCGUCCACGAUUGGCCCCUGUUAAUACCCGAUCAGACAGCCCUUGUCGUCGCGGAUUUUCCUGCUCGUCUGCCUCCAACACCCCCGUCUCCCGUCCACGUCCAUAUCCCUCUGGUUGUUCCCCGGUGGGCUGUGCGGGGCUCUCUACAGUGAUAUUGCCAGCCUCUCCCUCAUCCUCUUCCUUUCUUCCCGGAACCGUUCUGCCCAACACUUUUUCCUACUCGCAUACGUCGAAGCGCACAAUGGCUGCCACUGCACUGCGUCGUCUCCAGCUACACAAUAUCAACCCUAACGUCAAGGCUGCCAAGUAUGCAGUUCGUGGCGAGCUUGCCGUCAAGGCCGAAGAAUACCGUGUGAGACUGGCCCAGGGCGACAAGUCGCUGCCGUUCGACAGUGUCAUCUUUGCCAACAUUGGCAACCCCCAGCAGCUGGACCAGAAGCCAAUCACCUUUUUCCGUCAGGUUCUGAGUCUCCUGGAGAACCCCCUCUUACUCGAGAACCCAGAGGUCCUCAAAGAGACUUUCGGGUACAAGCAGGAUGUCAUCGACCGGGCGAAAACUCUGUUGAACAGUAUCCACAACGUCGGUGCAUAUAGUCACAGCCAGGGAGCACCGGUGAUUCGGGAGAGUGUGGCCAAGUUCAUCGAAGCGCGUGAUGGUUACUCUGCCAACCCACAGGAUCUGUACCUCUGUGCUGGUGCCUCGUCCGGUGUCAACACCCUUCUCAACGUCAUCUGUCAUGCUCCUCACGCAGGAAUCCUCGUCCCCAUUCCCCAAUACCCGCUCUAUACGGCAACCCUGUCCCUCUUGAACGCAAACUGUGUCCCGUAUCUUCUGGAGGAAGAGAAGGCUUGGGGUACUGACGUCGACGCCAUCCGGAAGUCCCUGGAAACGGCCAAGGCCUCUGGCAUUGACGUCCGUGCCAUUGUUGUCAUCAACCCAGGUAAUCCUACUGGUGCAUCUCUCAGCCCGGAUGACAUCAAGAACGUUCUCGAUCUCGCUGCAGAGGAGAAACUGGUCGUGAUUGCGGACGAGGUUUACCAGACUAAUGUGUUCGUUGGCGAGUUUACCUCGUUCAAGAAGAGGCUCCGCCAACUUCAAGCGGAGGUUCCCGGCAAGUACGACCAUAUCGAAUUGGCCUCUCUUCACAGUGUUUCCAAGGGUAUGGUUGGUGAAUGCGGUCACCGCGGUGGCUAUUUCGAAUUGGUUGGGUUUGAGCCAGACGUCGCGGCGCAGAUCUACAAGUUCGUCAGCAUUAUGCUCUGCCCUCCAGUCAUCGGGCAGUGUCUGGUGGAGCUCAUGGUCAACCCACCCAAGGAGGGCGAACCCAGCUACGAGCUAUACGAGAAGGAGUACCACGGAAUCCGAAACGGCCUGCACCAGCGUGCCCUAGCUCUCUACAAGGCCUUCCAGCGCAUGGAGGGUGUUGAGUGCCAAGAGCCUCAGGGCGCCAUGUACCUUUUCCCCAAGAUCACCCUCCCACCCAAGGCUGUCGAGGCCGCCACCGCCGAGAACCGCAAGGCCGACGAGUUCUACUGCCUGCGUCUCCUCGACGCUACUGGAAUCUGCGUGGUCCCUGGAUCUGGAUUCGGACAGAAGGAGAACACGCUGCACUUCCGCACAACGUUCCUCGCUCCGGGAACUGACUGGGUGGAACGCAUUGUGAAGUUCCAUUCCGAGUUCAUUGAAAAGUACAAAUGAUGUUCACAAAAGGCGGAGUGAUAAACAUAGAACUUCAUUCUUUGUUUAUAUGAUUUGGAUGGACUUGUUUAUAUCUUUUUUUUUUCUUUCACAGUGCAGGUAUUUAUGCCGGAUACAUAGACCAUUUACUAUACAUGUUUAUGUUAAGGAACUAUUUUUGAUCAUGGACAUAUAUCGAAGCAACAUUUCCAGUGUCUCCCAAGCAGUCCUUGACAGCGUACUACAAAUGGGAUAUAGGUACCUGUGGAAUCGACACUGAAAAUGACCGCUUCAAAAUAAGCACACUCUCCUCGGAGGCUCAAAAGCAACAAGAUGAAAUGACGGAGUUAGAAUAACUACUAGACAACAUGAGUACCUAUGCAUUAUCCAUAAAAGCCAAGGCUGUCAUACCAGAGUACGC